AGCAUCUAGGGCAACUAUUAACAUUUCAUUUUAAAAAAUAAUUUAAAAUAUAGAUUUGUAUAAAUUAUAUGAGAGUAGCUUCAGAUCCGCGCUUUCUUCUUCGUCUAUCCUUCGUUGUUCUUCCUUUUCCUGUUUCAUUUUCUCUCUCCAAUUAUUAGGGUCUUAUUCAGCCGCUCUUCUUUUAAUUUUAAGAAACAGUAUGGCAAUGGAAGUUACAGAGGUGCUUUUGAAUGCACAAUCAAUAGAUGCAGCUUUGCGGAAGAAUUCUGAAGAAAGCUUGAAACAGUUUCAGGAGCAGAACCUUCCUGGUUUCUUGCUGUCACUUUCUGGAGAAUUGGCAAAUGAGGAGAAGCCUGUUGAAACACGUAAAUUAGCAGGUUUGAUACUUAAGAAUGUGUUGGAUGCUAAGGAACAGCAUAGGAAGUUUGAGCUUGUUCAAAGAUGGUUGUCAUUGGACGGCAAUGCAAAGAGACAGAUUAAGGCAUGCUUACUGAAGACUCUGUCUUCUCCAGUAUCUGAUGCUCGUUCAACUGCAUCUCAAGUCAUUGCCAAGGUUGCUGGCAUUGAGUUGCCACAGAAACAGUGGCCUGAGUUGAUAGGUUCACUUUUAUCAAAUGUUCAUCAGCUACCGGUUCAAGCCAAGCAGGCCACUUUGGAAACUCUUGGGUAUUUGUGUGAGGAGGUCUCCCCUGAUGUUAUUGAUCAAGAUCAAGUAAAUAAAAUACUUACAGCUGUAGUUCAAGGUAUGAGUGCAUCAGAAGGAAACGCUGAUGUGAGGCUUGUUGCAACAAGAGCACUUUUCAAUGCUCUGGGAUUUGCACAGGCAAAUUUCAGCAAUGAUAUGGAGCGUGAUUAUAUCAUGAGAGUUGUCUGUGAGGCAACCCUGUCCCCAGAAGUGAGCAUAAGGCUGGCAGCUUUCGAGUGUUUGGUCUCUAUUUCAUCAACUUAUUAUGAGAAACUAUCUCCUUAUAUCCAGGAUAUUUUUAGCAUCACAGCAAAGGCUGUGAGGGAAGACGAGGAACCUGUUGCCCUUCAAGCCAUUGAGUUCUGGAGUUCCAUAUGUGACGAGGAGAUAGAUAUUUUGGAAGAAUAUGGAGGUGAUUUCAUUGGGGACUCUGAUAUUCCUUGUUUUUACUUUAUCAAGAAGGCACUCCCUGCCCUUGUCCUUAUGUUGUUGGAGACUCUGUUGAAGCAGGAGGAGGAUCAGGUUCAGGAUGAUGGGGCUUGGAAUAUUGCAAUGGCUGGGGGAACCUGUCUUGGUUUGGUUGCACAGACUGUGGGAGAUGAUAUUGUCCCUCUUGUUGUACCAUUUAUUGAGGAGAAUAUAACAAAGCCUGAAUGGAGGCAGAGGGAGGGGGCAAUUUAUGCCUUUGGUUCAAUCUUGGAGGGCCCUUCUCCUGAAAAGUUAAUACCUCUUGUGAAUAUUGCCCUAACCUUCAUGCUCAGUGCUUUGACAAAUGACCCCAAUAGCCACGUCAAAGACACUACAGCCUGGACUCUUGGACGAAUCUUUGAAUUCCUUCAUGGUUCAGCUGUGGAUUCUCCCAUCAUCACUCUGGCAAAUUGCCAACAGAUAGUCACAGUAUUGCUACAAAGUAUGAAGGACACUCCAAAUGUUGCUGAGAAGACUUGUGGUGCUCUCUAUUUUCUUGCUCAAGGUUAUGAGGAGAUGGGUACUUCAUCUCCUUUAACUCCUUUUUUCCAGGAAAUAGUCCAGUCCCUUCUCACUGUCACUCACCGAGAAGAUGCUGGGGAAUCCCGGCUGAGGACAGCCGCCUAUGAGACAUUGAAUGAAGUGGUGAGGUGUUCAACCGACGAGACAGCUCCAUUGGUGUUGCAAUUGGUGCCUGUCAUAAUGAUGGAGCUUCAUAACACUCUCGAAGGGCAGAAACUAUUAUCUGAUGAAAGGGAGAAGCAGAGUGAAUUGCAAGGCCUUCUUUGUGGGUGUUUACAGGUCAUUAUUCAGAAGCUUGGUUCAUCAGAACCAACCAAGUAUGUUUUCAUGCAGUAUGCAGAUAAGAUAAUGGAACUUUUCCUUAGGGUUUUUGCUUGUAGGAGUGCUACUGUACAGGAGGAGGCCAUGCUUGCAAUUGGAGCUCUUGCUUAUGCAACUGGAGCAGAUUUUGCAAAAUACAUGCCAGAUUUUUUUAUGUACUUGGAAAUUGGUCUUCGGAAUUUUGAAGAGUACCAAGUCUGUGCUGUUACAGUUGGUGUUGUGGGUGAUAUUUGCAGGGCAUUGGAGGAAAGUAUUGCGCCUUACUGUGAUGGGAUUAUGACACAGCUUCUCAAGAAUUUAUCAAGCAACCAGUUGCAUCGCUCUGUGAAGCCUCCCAUAUUUUCAUGCUUUGGUGACACUGCAUUGGCAGUGGGAGAGUAUUUUGAAAAGUAUUUAGUGUGGGCCAUGUCUGCACUUCAGAGCGCAGCAGAGUUGUCCACCCAUAUGACAGGUGACGAUGAAUUGAUAGAGUACACAAAUUCCCUCAGAAACGGAAUUCUGGAGGCAUAUUCUGGGAUUUUCCAAGGGUUUAAGAACUCUCCCAAAACCCAGCUCUUGAUUCCCUAUGCUCCUCAUAUCCUCCAGUUUUUGGAUGGCAUAUACAUGGAGAAAGACAUGGAUGAUGUGGUCAUGAAGACUGCCAUUGGAGUCCUUGGAGAUCUAGCUGAUACGUUGGGAAGUGAUGCUGGUUCUCUGAUACAGCAAUCUGUCUCAAGCAAAGACUUUUUGAAUGAAUGCUUGUCUUCAGAAGACCUAAUGAUUAAAGAAUCUGCUGAAUGGACCAAGUUGGCCAUUAGUCGUGCCAUUUCUGUAUGAGGGUUUUGCCAUUCAGCAUGUUUAUAUUCUUUUGGAAGUCCAUGCAUUUGCGUGUGUUGAGUUGAGGGUAUUGGAUUACAUGUGUCAAGUCAUUGCCAUUGUCAGACAAUGGUAAUUAUUGGUCUUCAAGUUGUCACUAACUAUUGCGUCAGCGUUAUAGGGUCAGAUUUCAAUUUUUAUCGUGGAGAAAGUGGAUGAGAUGGUUUCAGAGAAGUUGAUGAACACCUCCAUAAAAUUUGGGAAGGCAUAUAUUUUGUGCCUGAAGGAUUGAAGUAGUGGAGGGAUCAGUAGUUGUGACAUGUGGGGGUGACUGACCAGUCAGAUAGCAUGGUCACUUGCUGCUUGUACGCUGCCAUUGUGUCAAGACAAGCAUCAUUUUUGGCAUAGUGUGGUUUUCUCGAGGUAAAUUUAGGUUGUUGGAAUGGAUAAUUGAGGAUCUGGUUCAAAGAGCUGCAGCGCUUCAAGACAUCUUGAGUGCUGCGAAUCUUAAUUGUCCUUCCUUCUCCUAGUUUUGGUACCCCCUUCUUUUUAGCAGCUCAAGUGUGCAUAAUUCUCAAGUAAACAUCGGUGUUUGGGUUGCAUUUAAUCACAUCUCCACCUUAUGUAUCUUUGGUUAUCGC